AUUAAUAAUAAUUCUUAUGGCCAGGAGCAAGGAACACCUCGAAUAAUCAUACAAUAUAGACGAAGCCCAUGCGUGUCAUUUGUUUUAAUUUUUCCAUAAUCUAAAUCGAACGGCAUCGAUAAAUCAGUUUGUGAACAAGCAUUUUAACCAUACAAUUUUAUUACUUCAGAGUUUAUUUAUCCUUAAACAAUGCAAGUUAGUUCAAUUCGUUUGUAAUGAUGCCUUGGAAAAUAAAGAUGUUUAUGAUAAAUCUUUAUCCUAUGGUCGGUAAAUAGUUUUUGAUGUUGGCAGUACUGGAGUACAAAGCAAAGCUAGUUGUGUCAAGAAUUACUGCGUUUUUUACGAAAUAUAAUCUUAAAAUAUUUGUAGGAAAAUGUUAAAUUUAUUAUCAACGUAAAUUUAAAUGCGUAUGUUAUAUUUCCAUAUCUUUUAUAUUUGAUUAACUUCAUUACAUUAGUCGUGCUGGGUAAUAAAAAUUGAUGUGUCAAAGUGCAGGGCAAUAGAAGGGACGAUAAAUUAUCAUUUUUUAAUCGUAAUUUGACAGUGUAUUAUAUUGAAAUAUAGUUAUUUCGCAAUUAACACUUUUAGUUAAUUGUUAUUGCCAUUUUUUAUAGACAAGGGUGGACUAGGGCGUGUGAUCCGACCUGGCACAUCUGGCGAGCCUGUAGUACCUAUCUUUUCCCUUCCUUUCUCACUAAUUAGCAAACUAUUUACUGUUGUUUUAUGUAUUUAAACUAUAAAUGCACGUUUUUAUCGUUUAAAAACGGUAUUUACUAAAGAAUACCAACAUUUUUAAGUAAGUUGUUAAUCAAAUGUAGAGAUAUUGUCGAAAUUUAUAUCAUUUUUUUUUCAGUGAAAAACAUUAGAUGUACAUAUUUAGUAGUUCAGUGUUAAUAAGCGAACAGUCUGCUUAGUGUUGUGAUGUGUGUAUCAAGUAAUUUUAAAGUUUUAACUUAUUGUGUACCUAUUGAGUGAUAAACUUAUAAGAUGGCAAAAAAAUCGGAUAAUACCGGCGGAAAGCUGGUGACCGUGUCUGUUGUCGGACUUUCUGGUACGGAGAAGGAGAAAGGACAGCUCGGCAUCGGCAAGUCGUGCCUCUGCAAUAGAUUUGUGAGGACACACGCCGACGACUACAAUGUGGAUCAUAUCUGCGUAUUGAGUCAGUCGGACUUCAGCGGUCGAGUAGUGAACAACGAUCACUUCCUGUACUGGGGCAGCGUGCCGAAGGAGAACGAUGAGCAGGAGUACAGGUUCGAGAUUGUGGAGCAGACCGAGUUCGUGGACGAUGCGUGCUUCCAGCCGUUUAAAGUCGGCAAAACUGAGACUUACGUGAAGAGAUGUGUGGCCACAAAGCUGCAGUCAGCUGAGAAGCUGAUGUAUGUCUGCAAGAACCAGUUGGGGAUAGAGAAGGAGUACGAACAGAGGCUGAUGCCGGACGGGAAGCUGACCGUGGACGGGUUCCUGUGUGUGUACGACGUCAGUCUCGUGCCGGGGAGGACUUGGGAGAAACAGAAUGAAGUAUCAGCAGCUAUCCUCCAGAACAUCUUAAAACUGAAGAAGCCAGUAGUACUGGUCACAUCAAAGAACGACGAGGCUUGUGAGCAAGGCGUGAGGGAGGCAGAGAGGCUGGUCCAGAGGAAGGAGUUCAAAGGAUGCAUCCCCAUUGUGGAGACCUCCAGUCAUGAUAAUGUCAAUGUAGACCAUGCCUUCUUUCUGCUAGCUCAGAUGGUUGACAAGUCUAAGGCGAGGAUAAAGGUUGCUAAUUACGCUGAAGCAUUGCGAAUAAGAAGAGAGACGCUGGACUUCGUCACUGAAGCGUUCACUCAGCUCAUCAGGAUGCACGUUCAGGAUCAUAAAGAGAUGUGGUCGGCAGCUAGUAAGAGAUUAUGUCACUACCCUGAAUGGAUCAAGUUUGUGCAGCAAUUUGGCAAUGAUGGGACACAGGUCGUGUACCGUCGCCACAUUCGAAGACUGAAAGAAGAGAGGGCAGCUAAGAAACUCCGCAAGCAGUUGGCCAAGCUGCCGCAAGUUCUGUCCAGGAUGCAGCUACCCACUGAGGACUUGCAGGAGAACGACUGGCCAAUGGUUGUCCGUCAGUUGCGCAGUCAUCGCGACUUCUCGGUGUACUUCAGCGAGGGUCGUCACCAGGAGUCUGGCUCCGAGUCAGGAUCGGAACUGGACAGCCCCCUGGCUAUAGACACGACGUUGAGGGUCGGGGAGCGAGCGAGAUACCAGACAUUGGGACAGUCGCAGAAGAUUCCGUACGAGAUCUUGGAAUCGAACGAGGCGGCCGGCGUCUUCAAAACAUACUUACACGAAGCCCAAGAGGAGCAUAGGAACUUUGAAUGGUGCCAACAAUUCAAGCGUCUUCUAGAGGAGACUGGCUACGUGACUCCCGGCAAGCAGUUAUCUGAAGUGCGAGUGUUGCUGAUGGGUCGCGAGUGCUACGAGGCUUUGUCUGAGGAUCAACAGCAGCGGGUCUACGACCAGCACCAGCGACAGAUACAGCGGAGGGCCAAGGAUAACUUCCAGGAGUUGCUACUAGAACACGCGGAUCUGUUCUACCACUUCAAGAGUAUAUCUCCGACGGGGACCAUCACUCAGGAGGACAUCAAAGAGAUCACCGAUGUACUGCAGGAUGAUUUCAGAUACAAGAUGCUGGACCGCAUGGAGCAGGACCGCAAGCUGAUGCUGUUCCAGCACCUGGGCUUCGUGCACUGUCCCAUGCGCGAGCACUGCCCCGCCGCCGCCAACUGCCUCGACGCCACGCUGCCUGUCAUACUCAACACCAGGGUCGGAUCGCUUACAUCAACGGGCGAGUCUCAAUGCCACGCGGGCCCUCCCGCCGCGCCCUGGGCUCUCACGACAGACUCCAACCAGAUCAACGUCAUUAUAUUAGGCGUGGAAGGCAUAGCCGGCGAGUUCGGCAAGCGUCUACUGGCGGGCUGCGACUCGGAACGUCGCGUCAACGUGUCGGGCACGGCGUGGCGCGUCGAGCAGCGGCUCAGGACCGACGACUUCUCAGCGGAGACCACUUGUAUUGAUGACUUCGCGCCUAAUGGGUAUUUCUGUGUCUACCAAGAUCAGGAGUCGUUUGAGUACAUUAGAGGGUGUGCUGAAAAGACGCUGCUCUCGAGCUUGGAACAAGAGGACAAAUUACCUUUUCAGGGUUUGCCUUUAGUGGUAAUGUUCGUUCAAGAUGACGGUAUGGAUAAGAAGGAACUCACCAGGUUGCAAGAAGAAGGACAGAACUUGGCUGAUAAUCUACACUGCUCCUACAUGGAGGCAUCUGUCAACGAGCUCGGUACUGAAGCCCUCACAGCUGAUGCUGUACAGGAGCUGGUCAGGGCCAACCGGGAGAAGGCGAGCUACGCGCAUCUGUAUCGAGAUGUCAUUGUGUGCUUCGAUUCUGAUAUAAGGAUAAUGGUGUGCCUGUUCUGCGACGACCCGUACUCCCCCGAGCGAGUGCUGAGCCCGCUGCUGCUGCACCGCGCCUGCUUCCUCACGGGAGACCGCUCCAUCGUCAUCGAGACCUUCCUGGGUGACUCCAAGAGGAAGGUCGAGGUGAUAAUCUCAAGCUUCCACGGCGCCAGUCAGUUCAGAGAGGAGCUGAUACACGGCUUCAUACUCAUAUACUCCGCCAAGAGGAAGGCUAGCCUUGCCACUCUAAACGCGUUCUCGAUGAACAUCCCGAACCUGCCCAUCCAGAUGGUGGCGGUGACGGACGGCGGCGGCUCGGCGGCCAGCACGUUCUUCGGCACGGACCUGGGCCACGCGCUCAUCACCGAGGGGAACGCCACCGCCGACAGGCUGGGCGCGCACUUCACUACCUACACGUCCAGCGCUGAGAACAAAUCGGCGUUCUACACGCCGUUCUUCAAGGAGGUGUGGGAGCGCAAGGGCGAGAUCGAGCGCGCCUUCCGCCUGGAGCAGCCGCACAACCUGCCCGACGUGGCCGCCGCGCGCCCCGCGCCGCCGCCGCGGAACCACUCCUACCAUCUCAACCACAUGAGAGAACACAAGCUCACGAACUCACUGGACCUACUCAUCGGGCCCGACUCCCGCGCCGACAUCGAUUCAGAAUACAGUGAUACUCUCAACAACUCUAAGAACAGAGGAUUUUUAAAAGGUUUUAGUGUAUACCCGCCGCCAAGCACGCCGCCAGAGCCGGCGCCCCCCGAUCACAGGAUGCAUGCUGAUCUAUCACCGGAUCUCAACUGUUCGGAGGACUCUCUCAGUACACACGAGUCAGACGGCGGUGGUCUCUGGCAGCCGGCGAGCUACGGCCACCGCGCCUUCACGACGGGCCGCACGCGCCCGCACCAGCCGCCGCCGCGCGUCCGCCACUCGCAGACACUCAAGCAACCCGGUAAACUGGACAUGAAUAACUACACGAUGGUGAGCGACGCUCUGCAGCACAUCACUAUAGGACCGCCCGCGCACUCCAGAUCUGAUAGAAAGACACAGCGCACCAACUGGACCCACUCGAGCGGGCAGCCGGGCGGACAUCACCAUCACCCGUCUGGCGUCAGCUCUGAGACCGAACUGGAUGCUCAGUAUGCACAGAUUAAAGAAACAAACGAAUAUAUGGAGGCUCCGUCAAUGAUGAGACUGAGAAGACACCGAAGACACGAGAAGACACCGCUACAUCAGCCCUCGUUCUCGGAGACCGACAGCUCUGGCUCGAGCUCGGGCUCGGGCGGCGGCAGCGCGGGGCGCGCGGCGUCACGCCGGCGUCACGCGCAUCACGCGCAUCACGCGCAUCACGCGCACCACGCGCCCAGGCACUACAAGAAACGGUCGUUAGGUAACCUGGUAGCCGUGCAGAGUCCUCGCGUCCCGAAGCUGGGCAUGUUCGUGGGCCCACCAGAAUUGCCCACAGGAUACAGGGCCAGGACGCAGGAAGACAAAGCUGCGAGUGAGUCUAGCGAAGGCAGUUCUGACGGAGAGACCCGGCGCCCGAGGCCGCUGCCGCCGCCGCCUCAUCACGAGCCACCGCACAAGAUGCUAUCUGGCGAGUACCCGUCAUCGGCUCAAGACAACUCGUCGUCAAGCGCGGCUGACACUCGCCGGCGUCACCAUCCGUUCAGCAAGCACGACCGCAGGCAUAAGGAGUUUUCAAAGAGCAAAGAUUCAAAGAAGAACGCGUCGCAGAUCAACAACACACAGUCUGCUCAGAAUUGGGGUCCGCAGGGCGCUCACGGGAUACCGCUGUUCGUGGAGAAAUGUGUUGAGUUUAUAGAACGCGAGGGUUUAGCCUCGGAGGGCCUGUACAGAGUGCCCGGCAACCGCGCACAUGUCGACAUGCUGUUCAGCAAGUUCUAUGAAGAUCCCAAAGUAGAUCUAGACUCUCUAGACAUCCCGGUGAACGCGGUGGCGACUGCGCUAAAGGACUUCUUCUCUAAGAAACUGCCGCCGCUACUCGACGAGGCCAGCAUGGCACAGCUCGAAGAUAUUGCCACGAUGCGCGGCUGUAUCGCGGGCGGCGUGGAACUGAAGGACCGCAGCUGGCGGCUGCUGGCGCUGCGCUCGCUGCUCAACACCGCGCUCACGCCGCUCGCCAGCGCCACGCUCGACUACCUGCUGCACCACUUCGCCAGGGUGGCAGACAACUCAAAGCUAAACUCGAUGGACAGUAAGAACCUGGCCAUCUGCUGGUGGCCGACGCUCCUGCCGGUGCAGUUCUCGGACAUGGGCCGCUUCGAGAUGACGCGGCCCUACCUCGAGGACAUCGUGCAGACCAUGAUCGACCAGCACCCCUUCCUGUUCCGCGGGCAAGAAGCCUUUGUUAUGGUGUGAGGACAGUGUGAACCCACAAUGCAGGUUGCAUUCGUGAUGGACGACGUGUGACGUCAGCCGCGUACUGACGCAACACAACGAGCGGCUCAACCGUGCGUGAGGGGGCACACUGUCUACACACCAUAGCUAAGUAACACUAGUGGCCGACUGCCGUGACGUCAAAACGAGCGAAUAAUCGAUUCAUCGAGCAAUCGAUUCGUAGUCGAGUGAUGAUCACGACACACGUCCACACACAGACGAUUGCGAUUAGUACGUCUCUUCGUCUCAUUUUAUUGGCAAGCUAUUGUUGUUCUAAUGUAGAUUUUUACUAUAUAAAAAAUGUCUGUCGGUAUUUCCAAUAAACUAGAACGAUGAGUUUAUUUUUUCAUGCGGUUUUUCAUAUCAAUAUCGCUUAGUGAUCGCGAAACGUUGCUUGCAUUUUAUGAUGCUUUUAUUUAUAUACGAAAUUCAUUUAAGUUUAAUACGAUGGACAAGUAAAACAGUAUUUUAAAUAGAUGUUAUUCCAAAUUGUACGCAUUUGUAAUAGUUGUAAGUGGGAAUGCACAAAAAGUAUUAAACAAAUAAAGUGUUUUUUAAACUAAGUAAUACUGGUAUGGUAUGAUAUUUAAACGUUUAUAUUUGUAAUCAAUUAAUGGCAACACCAUGUAAUGAGCACAUUCCGUUCAGAAAAAUUAAGUGUUAAUAAUUAUUGGAUAUGGUAACAUAGUGAUUACUUAACCGUUGAUGUAAGCGGUCGUGUUUAAGGUUCGAUAUAAAAAGCUCGCUUGUUUUAAAAAUAUUUUUUUAUAUGGCAACGGUCGGAUAAGGCGUCUCUUGGUGCGCGAAAAUUGGCAUUUAUAAGCCAAAAUUAAAAUUAUGGUUGUUAUAGUCAAAAGUACAUCCAUCCCACUGAUGAAAGUCCAGCUUUUUGUAAAAAUAGAUGUCAGUGCUGCUAGCGUAAAAAAA